UCGAAAUAUUUUUUUUUGAGACUAAAUAAUAGUGCAUGUUAAUAAUUUAAUAUUCAUCCAUUAUUGAGAAUUUUUUAUUAGUUUAUAGUUUACAAAAAUUUGUAGAAUAAAAAUGGCAUCAUUUCGUCAACUUCAAGAACGAUUAACAUGCCGUCAAGUUUUAACUAUUAUGGUGAUUUUUGGAUUUAUGUUAAAUUAUAUGUUAAGAGUUAAUUUAACAAUUGCUAUUGUAGCAAUGGUCAUUCCACGCAAUUCCUUAUCUCAAAAUAUGUCUAAUGUGAGUCAGGAAUGCUUUGAGCCAUCUUCUAUGAUUAAUUAUACAAAUUCGAAUUCUACUUCCAAUGAUAGUAAUUACAUCUCAACUUUAGAUUUACCUGAUGAACUUCCUCAAACGAGAUAUGAUUGGAAUGAAUAUGAAGUUAAUUUUAUCCUCGGAGCUUUUUUCUGGGGGUAUCUUUGUACAGAGUUACCUGGAGGUCGAUUAGCAGAAGUGAUUGGAGCUAAGAGGGUAUUAGGAUACUCGAUGCUUUGCUCCAGUAUCAUUACUCUUCUAACACCUAUUGCAGCUUCUCUUGGAUAUCAGUUUAUAGCUUUACUUCGAAUAACCCUGGGAUUAAUGUUGGGUGCCACAUGGCCUGCGUUGUACCCUCUGGCAUCUCUCUGGGUUCCACCUACAGAUCGCAGCAAAUUUAUCUCUAAUACGAUGGCAUCUUCACUUGGUGCGGCAGUCAUGAUGCAAAUUGGAGGCUUUUUGAUAGCUUCAUAUGGUUGGGAAUCAGUCUUUUACUUUACUGGAAUAAUCAGCUGUUUCUGGUGUGUUGUUUGGUUCAUAGUUAUUUAUGACUCCCCAUCUCAACACCCAAGAAUAUCAUCUGAAGAAAGGAGAUACAUUGAAGAGUCUUUAGGAAAUACUUCUACAAAGAAGGCCCUUCCAGUUCCUUGGAAAUCUAUUCUCACUUCAAUACCUGUUUGGGCUAUCAUCAUUACUGGUGGUUGUAAUGCUUUUGGAUUUUUCUGCGUUGUCAAUCAACUGCCAACGUAUAUGAAAUAUAUUUUGAAUUAUAAAAUUGAAGAAAAUGGUCUUCUAUCUUCUUUGCCAUACAUUGGAAAAUACAUUCUUAGCCUAUUUGCAGCUUCAUUUGCUGAUUAUCUUCACCGUACGAACAAACUGUCCGUUACAGCAAUACGAAAAAUAUUUAAUACUAUAGCUGAUUUGGCACCAGGAAUAGGAAUGAUUUGUCUUUCUCUAUUUGGCUGUGAUCGGGCUAUAUCAGUUACCAUUUUUACAAUAGCAUUGACACUUAAUGGAACCAUUACAGCUGGCUACCUUGGAAACAGUUUAGAUAUUGCUCCUAAUUUUUCAGGAACAAUCUAUGGCAUCGCAAAUACUCUUAAUUCCAUAGCUGGAUAUCUUGGGAGUUUUAUGGUUGGUUCAUUGACUUAUAAUAAUCAAACAUUUAGACAGUGGAGAAUUAUUUUCUGGAUUCUUGCUGGCAUGUACAUUACUGGAGCAUUAUCAUUUCUUAUUGGUGGUACUGGGAAGUUACAGGAGUGGAAUAAUCCGAGUGAUGAAAAAUCUAAGAACAAAAUAGAAUUGACUGAUAUUCAAAAACAAGAAGAAGAGUCAAUUUCGUUUUUAGAUGGUAAAAAUGAUGAUGUUAAAUAGUUAUAAAAUAUUUAGAUAGAGUUGAACUAGAUCUAUGAUUUCCAUAAAUAAUUUUUUUCGAAAUAAACAAAGUCUCUUGAAAAUUUAAAAAAUACAAUCAUCUCAGAUUACCCAUAGCAAAAUUGGAAAUAUAAUUUGACAUGCUUUGAAUAACUUUCUAAGUGAGUGAUAAAGUAGUGAAACAGUAACUUGUCAAAUCUGGCAGAUAAUAAAUUGAAUUUGAAAAUAAGAGAAAACAGAUAUAUGAAACAACUUUCAUUUUGGAUUUCCAAAAUAAAAGCAAGCAGUAGAAAGCAGGAAUCCGAGAAUCAGUUUUCAAUUUUGAAAUUUAUGCGGUAUAUGUAGGUAACCGCUAUUUCGAUAAUAAAAUAGCCAGUUUGGUAAUCGGUAAAGUAGUCACGAUCAGGAAGUGUUGGUAAUUUUUUAUCACUGCCCUCUGUUUUAUUUAACAAAGAUGUAGUAAAUUUAUUUAUUUAUUUAUUUACAAUAAUCAUUAUUUACUUUUCAAUACGAUAAAAAGUCAUACUUUUAUGAAAUCCAGGAAAUUUCUAUACCAGCAUUAUGUGAAAUAGAACUUUAUAAUCUACUAACUUUAUCAAAAUUUACCAGAGAGAAAUUCAGGAUAAUUUAAAUUCAGAACACUUUUUGAAAUAUCCUCAUCAUCUUCCUUUGUUCUUCACUAAUGAAAAUAAGAAUUAAUGAAAAAAAUGUUCUUAUUCGAAAGUUCGAUUUUUAUCAAGUUUAUCUACACUAUUAUCCAUAACAGUUUUAAUGAAGAAAUGAGCGUUUAACAUAAAAUAUUACACAUAAAUAAAAAAAAAAAUUA